AUAGUAAUUAGUAAAGUCAAAAUGAAAAUUUCGAUUUAUAGCACCCGCCAUCUUGAAAACAUUACUCGGCAGGCGCUCUCGCCUGUGACCCGCAUUUUCCGAACCUGCCCGAAAUGCUCCCUAAGCGCCUGCGGAGGAGGUAGGUUUAGCAUUGUGAUUGGAUGAAAGUGCUCAAAUCUGCCUUAAUACACCUCACUACCAUGAUAUUACUUGUAAAUUGCAAUUGUCCCGUACGCCUGUGAAUGUUUUGUUUGAAGACAGUGUUUGUAACUCGUGACAGGAAUACGAUUUUAUUCUGCAUGCAUGUGUUGCAUUUCAGGUUAUCAGCAUGAGUUGAACUAUCGUAGAAGUGAUCACUCAUUCAGUGUGUGGGGAAACGGGGCACCUGGUAGCACUUGGUAAGUACAUCCAUUAGAAAGAUCUGCAGAAAUGCAAUUAUAAGUGCAUCUAUCUUAAUUGUGCAUUAAUAGUCUAUAAAUUGAUAGACUAUAGACAAGUGUUGUAUGACCAAUACGUUUUUAGCCAAUCUGGGACACCUGAUUUUCAAAAUUCCCCCUUGUAGUUGUCAAACUCAUGUCGUAUGUAUGUUAUCUAAAUUAGUUUUAUGUUUUAUUCCUAAAAGUAUUAAUGUACUCAGUGGACUAGAAUUAACUUUUUUCUUCUCGUUAUUAGGCUGACAGCGUUUGUAAUCAAGACAUUCUGUGCGAUUCAGAAACUUGAUGGGGUUGAUAUUGAUCAGAAUGUUAUCAACACUGCAAUAAAUUGGUUGGCUUCACGCCAGCGCGCUGAUGGUGCCAUACCAGAGAGUAAUCCUGUUUCAAAUAAAGGAAUGGAUGUAAGUUUGGUUUCUGGGUCUUGUGUAGUACUAAUAUGGCAUGGGUAUGGUAUGGUAUGGUAUGGUAUGGUAUGGUAUGGUAUGUAUAGUAUGGUAUGGUAUGGUAUGGUAUGGUAUGUAUAGUAUGGUAUGGUAUGGUAUGGUAUGGUAUGGUAUGUAUAGUAUGGUAUGGUAUGGUAUGGUAUGGUAUGGUAUGGUAUGGUAUGGUAUGUAUAGUAUGGUGUAGCAUUGUAUGGUAUGGUGUAGUAUAAUAUUUGGUAUGGAAUUACUUGGUUUGACGGUUUUGAUUUCAUGAUUUUAUACAUUACCUUGUAUAUUAUUUGUAACUUAUUUUCGUAUUUAUUUUUUCAAAUGUCUUAGGGUGACAUCAAUAGCGACAUAACAAUGACUGCAUAUGUUGUUACAGCUUUCCUAGAGUGCAAGAGUUUCACGGCGGUGAGCGAAAGAUUAAGUAUUUUCCUUGGAAAUUUUUUUAUAACAAUUUCAACCGGGUAGUUUUACCACGA